CUGAGUUGAGCCUGCCGCUGCCUUGGCUACCUGGCUCCUCAGGUGGCCGCGUUUGUAGUCGGGCUACGGAGGCCGGGUUGUCAGAUUACGGGAAAGUAUUUAAGAAGCUCAUGGAGUAAUAUGAGUCAGAGUAAUAUAGGAUCUUCAGGAAGUCCCUCAAGAUAGUUGGAAAAGAAUUUAUAGACUUUUCAUCCCGAUCUUCAGUUGUACAGCUGUUAAGUCCAAGGCUGCUGUGGUGAAACCAUGAAUAAGAAUGCGUCUGCUGGAGUGUCAUCUGGUCUACUUGAAAAGGAUCCUGCCCUUCAGAUGAUUAUGGUUACCAAGGAAACAGGCCUUGGUCUGAAGAUCCUAGGAGGAAUUAACCGGAAUGAAGGUCCCUUGGUAUAUAUUCAGGAAAUCAUUCCUGGAGGAGACUGUUAUAAGGAUGGACGUUUGAAGCCAGGAGAUCAACUUGUCUCAAUAAACAAGGAAUCUAUGAUUGGUGUAUCAUUUGAAGAAGCAAAAAGCAUAAUUACCAGAGCAAAGUUGAGGUCAGAAUCUGCUUGGGAGAUAGCAUUCAUAAGACAGAAAUCUGACGGCAGUCAUCCAGAAAAUCCGUCGUAUACAUCCCUUUUACAAGCUUCAGGAGAAUAUGGACCUCAAGCCUCAACAUUUAGUCCUCUUUCUUUUCCCCCUGAAAUGCUAAUUCCGAAGACCUCAUCCACUCCCAAAACUACAGAUGCCAUUUUACCUUCUUUUAAGAUAAAUCAGAUAAAAACUGGAUGCAAGAAAACAGAAGAGACUCUAAUUACUUCUUCGGACAACAGCCCUACAGAUGUGUCUAAUACAGAUAUUGCCCCUACCUGGACUGAUAAUUAUGGACCACAAGAAAAGAAGAUCUUCCUAAGUCCCUCUGUUCGCCUUAAGGCAGAGAAACUGGAAAUGGCUCUAAAUUAUCUUGGUAUUCAGCCCACAAAGGAGCAACAGCAAGCCCUGAGACAGCAAGUGCAAGUAGACCCAAAGGGGACAGUGUCUUUUGGAGAUUUUGUCCAGGUUGCCAGAAACUUGUUUUGCUUGCAGUUGAAUGAAGUAGAUAUUGAGGCACAUGAAAUUUCCAGCUUAUUACAGUCACAGCUUCUUCCCUGUGAAUCCUUAGAAGCAAAUGAAAUGGAAAGGCUUAAGCGUGAACGAAAUGAUGCUUUGGAAGAAGUGAACACACUUAAGGAAAAAUUAUUUGAAUCAGAAAGGCAAAGGAAACAAUUGACAGAAGAACUCCAGAAUGUGAAACAAGAAACCAAAGCUGUAGUUGAAGAAACAAGAGCCCUGCGAAGUCGGAUUCAUCUUGCCGAAGCUGCACAGAGGCAGGCGCACCGAAUGGAAAUGGACUAUGAAGAAGUGAUCCGUCUGUUGGAGGCCGAGAUUACAGAGCUGAAGGCUCAGCUAGCUGAUUAUUCUGACCAAAAUAAAGAAAGUGUGCAGGAGUUAAGAAAGAGAAUCACAGUACUUGACUGCCAAUUGCGAAAGUCGGAAAUGGCUCGAAAAACUUUUGAGGCAUCCACUGAAAAGCUUCUUCAUUUUGUAGAGGCUGUUCAAGAAGUAUUUUCUGAUAAUUCUGCUUCUUUAUCAAAUUUAAGUGAAAGAAGAGCUCUGUUAGCUUCUCAGACUUCCCUCACACCCUUGGGAAGGAAUGGACGGAACAUCCCAGCCAUGCUGGCACUUGAAUCUAAGGAACUUAUUAAAUCUGUUCGUGCCCUACUUGACAUGGAUUGUCUACCUUACGGGUGGGAGGAAGCUUACACAGCAGAUGGAAUCAAGUACUUCAUCAAUCACGUAACACAGACCACAUCCUGGAUCCAUCCCGUGAUGAGCGCACUGAACCUGUCUUGCUCGGAGGAGAAUGAAGAGGAUUGCUCCAGAGAACUUCCUGACCAGAAGAGUUGAUGGUUUUCUGGAGGAAGCUGAGCUGCCUAGUCUUCUGGCUUCUCAGUCUACUGGAUGAGGAUGGCUCUGAGGCACACCAGUCUAAAAUAGGAGUAAAAUACACACUGCUUACUGGAGUUGUAAAAUGGAGACUCUAGAUUUCAGCUAUUUUUGUAAAACUCUUUGAUAUAACUGUAUACAUUUACGAGCUCAAUUGCCACUACAGUAGUUCUUUAAGAAUAAUCUAGUCAUAUUUUUUGAAAUCGUAUAUAAUUAGAUUUUAUAAUAUGUAUAAUUUUUUCAUAUAUAAUUAGAUUUUUGUAAUUUUAUAUAUAUUUCUUUGUAGAGUAUCAGCUACAAUGGUUUUUAUAGUUAAGACUUAUAUUGGAAAAUUAUAUGAACAUAGUGAAACACUUCAUUUAUUUGUAAUUCACUAACCUUUUAUAUCGUAUCUUAGGAAAGUGAUUUAAGCAAGCUUUCUGGGGUUUGUAAGGAUCACAUUUAGACAACUGUCUCACGGGCUCCUGCAUACAGCUUACAUCUUUAUGGGUCUUUCUAAUUUACAAAAUGCUUUUCAGACCCUGGUUUAUUUAAACCCUACGACAUGCCUGUGAGGCAGAUCCAGUGAGUAUUUUUCUUCUUGUUUUUCAGUUAGGGAAAUAGCGGUUCAGAGAAAUGAAGCACCUUAUCCUGGAGCCGAGACUCACACCUAGGUGUUCUGAUUCUGUGUGCAACCCCCUCUCCACCGCACCCUGCUGGCCCCGCAGAGGGAGGCUACAGCCCCACGCGCAGGGCACCGUGGCUCUGUUGAUGCAGCUGAGCUCCACAGCUGUGCACUCCGGGGGCCACAGAGAUUCAGGGAGCACUUCUUCAGUCAAACACGGCCCCCACAUAACCCCACUCUUCUCCUAUAAACCCUUCCCCCUGCUUCUCCCCCAAACACUCACCAAGUAGGAACACGGCUUUGUGAUGUUCUGUCUUCUUUCAGCAGAUCAGUUUUCUAAAGAAAAGGGACUGGCUCACAUCUGGGAUUUGCCCUGCUUUGGUUGCCCUUGCCAGAGGGAGCGUUUGAGGGGAGAUGAUGAGAAGAGGGGCAUCAGAGUCUCCUCUGCUGUGAAAAGAGACAUCCUUGAACUCUUCCGCUAGGAGUUCAAGACUGACCUCAUUAUUGCUGAUUUAUCACCCUCCAAACUGAUUAUACUUGUGAUCUUAUUUUAUUGUAAGGAUACUACUCCACAGUUUUUGGAAGGAAUGAGCCAUUGACUUGGAGUGCUAAAGAUUUUCUCUCAGUUUAAUGAUUUAAACUUGAAGCUGGGAAAUGGGGAAGUGGAGUGGGGAUGAAGUCAUUGUAAAUAUCCUGGGCAUUAGGUACCAACUGAAUAAUAAAAAGGGUCUUAUUCUUAUCCAAUGUUACUGUAUUGUCAGGUAAUACACUUAGGAAGACAGUGAGUAAGAAUCAUUAAUCGGAAUACUCUGUUCCCAAACCAGGCCUGAUAACACAGAAAAGUUACUGUUGUCACUCCGGCCUCUUCUCUUCUCCCCACCACCAUCACCCCUCCUCCCCCUCCUCCUCCAUUCUUCCCCUUUUCUCCCCCUCCUCCUCCCUUCUCUCCCUCCCUCCCCACUUCUGAAAUACAAGUAGGAAAAAGGAACUCAGAACCUUGAGGUUCUGGAAGGAACCUUAAAGAUCACCUGAUUCAGUGAUUUUCAAACAUCUUUUGAUGAAAAAGACUCAUUUUUCAAAUGAAUUCUUAUGCAGAAUCCCAAUAUAUGUAACAGAUUUUUUAAAAAUAUUGCUGCUCUGCUUGAAACAAGAUGGAGGCCUGGAGCCCGUUAAAGCAGCCCCCAGCCCUGCUAUGUAAACCUCAAGUUCUUUAGGACAGAAUGUAAGAAUCGUCGGUUGUAACCACCUUAUAGCUGAGUAAACAGAUCCUAAGAGUUCGCGCCGUGAGUUAGUGGCCAGGUCAGGAUUAGACUAGAUCCUCAGUCUGCGAGUCCACCAGAUUUCCUGUGGUAUGUAAUACGCAUGUCUAUUGUAAAUAUGUGUGCGCGGUGUACUCACCAUACAUUCCUGAAUAUAUGUAGGAUUUAUAGUUUAUAUCUUGAAUAGUAACAUAAAGUCAAAUCCAGGCUGAUGGGUAGUCAUUAGCCCUGAGAAGUUUCAGACAGCUGGAGAAGCCUGGCAUUUCACCUGACAGCUAUUUGAAUAUUAGGAAGCUUCGGGGAGACACGUUUUGAGAGAAGCCCCUGAGGGACCUCUUUCCUUGUGUCCCCCAGAGGGGAGUGAGAGUCUCAAACACCCGAAGUUACUUUUGUGAGUGAGUAGCUAUAAUUGUGAAUGUACAGACUUUUGUUGUUCCCAGAUUGAUACUAUGAAAUUUCCCUCCCCCUCCUGGGGGUGUUUCUCUAAUUUGUUUCUAGUGAGGCGAACACAGAGGAGAUGCUAGAGUCACUUGAGAUCAAGGUCCUCAGGCACCCAUUUCACUGACAGACACCUCAUAUGUUAACUUUGCUGUUUUGAGCCACUUUCCUCCCUGUUUCUGUCAAAUACCUAAUGGAAAAAGGUCUAUGAAAAUUGUGAUAUUAAGUAUUUUGCGUCAUACAUUGUGAUGGGCAGUUUGCGUAUAUUAUUUCAUUAUCUUCUUAAAACAAUGCCAUGAGGUAGAAACUAUAAUGACCCCAUUUUGUAAAGAAGAAACAGGUGUACAGAGGGUUGCUAAUCUUUGCCUAAGGGUCACACAGUACCCACUUGUGGAAGCUGGGGUUGCAGGCGGGCCUCACAGAGCCCCUUCUCUUAAACCACUGUGCAGAGCUGCUUAGAUACGUUGUGUGUGAUGCUAGGGGCAGAGCUGGGGUCUGUGGGUCAGUUUUAUGAGAGGCAGAAUCCAGUUCAGUGCAAUAAGGAACUUUCUGGUAGUUAGGGCUCAGGAAAGAAUUCCCCAGGAGAAAGUGGAAGCAUUGUCCCAGGAGGUGUAAACCAACAGAUAAAUGCUGUAAGAGACACUCAAAGAAACAUGUGGUGGGGACUCAUUAAGAAUCCUUGUCCAUUGCAAAGAGAAUCCGCAAGUUAUUUUUUGGUGAGCUAACAUUCACAUAGCCAGUCUUUCUUUAAUAUAAAUCAGCCCUAUCGAUGUGGUCAUUUUAAGCUCUUCGUCGUUGACCCACUCACUCAGAUUUUAGGGUUAAAAAGUCUGAGUGUACUGAUGUCCCUCCAUCUCAGUUUACUAAAGAGUGACCAGGGUUAGCCAUCCUUAUUCAUUCUCAGAAUAUUUCCUGAGCACCGACAGUGUGCCAAGCGCUGUGUUGGAGCACUAUGACAAGCAGGGCAAUAGCUAGCCGCUUCCUGGGUUCUGCUUACUAUUGGCUUUAGAGAAAAAAGUUUCUCAGGUGGCCAGAGCUGAACAGCUUCUCUUUAAUUUUUAAGUUUCAAAGAUAAUCUAUUUCCAUUUAAAAAUUCAAGUAGUAUGGAACUGAGUAAAGUAAAAAAAUAGCCCGUCUGACUUUCCAGAGGUAGCUGUCACUAAUAGUGUGAUGAGUAUUUUUACUCAAAGGAAAUCAUACUGUUAAGCAGCUUUCUUUUAACUUACUAAAUUGUGGUCAUUUUUUCAUGUCAAUACAUAGAUUAAUGUUGUAUUUCAAAUAUUUGUGUAAAAUAUCGCUACCUAGAUAACUCAUAAUUUGGGUAGCCAGCAAUCUAUUGAUGAACACUUAAGGCUAUUGUAAGUUUUCUUCUGUUACUAAGAAUAUCACAGUGAAUAUUCUUAUGUUCGUAUUCUUAUAUUCAUUAAAUCCUUUUCUCGUAUCUAUGAAUUCUUGUGCCAAUAUGUCUAUAAUGAGAAUACAUUUAUAAAAGUAAAUUGCUA